GCAGCACUAUUAUGUUCGACGCGGUCACGGCAGUACCAUCAUCAUUCGUGUAACGUGAGCGCGCGCAUGUGUACGCAUGUUUGUCUGUAUGCGAUUAUCCCUGCGACGGUUAUCUCAAUAUCGUAUCCUCUUCCUACCCGUUGUGCGCGUGUGUUACAGUACUUAAAUAUUUUUAUUAUUACACGUGAUCCGCCGCAGUGUAUUACGCGAGUUUAACUGUAUUUGUAUAUUUUCUUUUUAACUUAAAUUGUGCGUUGAGAAAUUUUUGCUAUGCGAGUGCGACGGUCCGUCGUCGCUACAUGGUCCGAAAAUGUAUGUAAUGGGCGAGCGUGCGAUGUGAGUGAUUCGGACGGUCGCGGUUGUUGUGCCGAAUUGAUACUCUAAAGGCUAAUAAAAAUGGAGGAAGACAAGCAGCAGGUUAACAAUCCGCACAUCAAGAAGGUUCUGAAAACCUAUCAGUUGAGUGCGCCCAGGAGUCUGCAAGGACCGAAUCUCGUGUUGGACGAUUCAGCGGCGGCCGGUCCCACGGCUGUGGCCAUAAGUUCGCCAAAGGCCGAUUCCGAUAGCAACAAACGCAGCAAGACUCCUCCGCCGCCGCCUUUGCAUCCGGUGCUCUAUGUACCCGACCAGUCUGGUUGCGAGUUAUUCGAGACUGAAUUAGAAUGGGAGAAAAUCGCUUGUUUCAUGGUUGGCGGGGAGAUGAGGCUGUGCUUGCCGCAGAUACUUAACACGGUGCUUCGUGAAUUCACCUUGACCCAGAUCAAUCAGGUGUGCGAUGAGCUUCGCAUUUACUGUUCUCGGUGUACCGUCGAGCAACUUGAUGUGCUCAAGCAAUGUAACAUAUUGCCGGUGACCGCACCGUCGUGCGGCCUCAUGACGAAAACCAAUGCCGAACGGUUGUGUUUCGCCCUGUUGCACCGCGUUCCUCCUCCGCCGGCUCAAAUCCCGGACGAUAUAGUGACCUAUUCGUUUCGGGUGUUCCACGACGUAUUUGGGAAGACUCGUGGAAUCUGUAUGCCGGAACUAUAUACGGAGAAAUUUUCCGCUUGCAUUCAGUGCGACGAGUGCAAGGCGCUGUUCACUCCUCAGCAGUUCGUCAACCAUAUUCACAGGUUCACGGGCACAAACUCUUGUCACUGGGGCUAUAAGCGCGAAAACUGGAGGGCGUACAUCAAAGUGGCGCACGGACAAAAGGAUUACACCGAAGUCGUGAACUUAUUCGAAACGUUCAAGGAACAAAUAGACGAUUCGACCACCACUCACUUCUCGUCCCGCAAACGCAAGCAGCAGUUGAUGGAUCUAGUACCCGAGUCGUGCAGAGCGGAAACGCCGACUCCUUCGUUAAAGAGAACUAAGCUGGAGGAAGCGCCCACUGCAGCCACGGCGGCAUAUUACACAGCUCUUAGCAUGGCACCCACGUUGCCCAAUUACAUGGUGGAUCCGUUCCACUACUUUUACGGUGCGUGGAGCGUUCCACCACCUGCAAUGUACCUUAAUAAUCCGCAUUCGCAUCUUUACAGGGGUGACAGUUUGAUCAAAAGAGAGAGACCGCCCAGACUCGUGGAUCCGCAAAAAGUUAUAUCUCACUCGCAGUCCGAACAGUUUGGUCGGAGCUUUCAACCCAAUGUCGCAUUAGCACCUCCCGUCAAAAUUAAUGGAACUCAUAUGCCAUCUAAUAUUAACAACAAUAAUAAUAUAACGAAACCCACGGUCAAGUACAAAGACAAAGAAGAUCAAGAACAUAAAGACAUUAUUCAAACGCAAGACUUUGGGAAGAGGUACAAUAGCGUGGCUGCAAGCGUUAUGGAACAAGUAGCUGCAGUGCUUGAUGCUCUCAGUGAUGCUAAGGAGACUACCAGACAACAAGUGAUAGAAUUAGUUGAAGGUCUAGCUCUGAGGUUAGAAACAGUCGAAUCUAAAAAUCAGCAUCUUGUCAGGGAAAACGAGUACCUUAAGGAUCAGCUAAAAGCGAAAAAACAUUUGAACAAAGAAGACUCGAUCAGUGUGAAUGAUGCGAUGAUCAAAUGGGAAGAGGAAGAGACCAACUCUAAUAGCCUACCAUUAAAAAACAAAAGGUGUAGCCCGGUGUCUGUGAUAACGUCUCCACCUUGUCAGUUAAAAUCACCUUCCCCGUGUCAACCACAGUCAAAUUCGGUUUUGAUUAAAUCUGAAUCCAUCGACUGUUAGAAAUUUAAAAAAAUCAUCAUAAUGGCCUGAUUAUUAUAAAAAUAAUUAUUUGUACAAUGCUACCACCGACAUUUGAUCUCCUUUAAGAAAAAAAUUAUGUAUAAGUUAUACAAGCUUUUUAUAAUAUUUAUUAUGCAGUACGAGUAUACAUUAUUGUAACUUAAAUAUUUUGUUGAAUCCUUUGUCUCGUGUAAAUAAUUUAAAUUGUUAAACUGAUUUUCUUAAUUUCCUGACGAAUUUCUCUUUCUAUUUUUCUUCUUUUUUGUUAUGAAUUUUUAGUUUAAGACCAUUUUUAUUUAUUUAUUUUGAUUAUUUUGUUAUACAUUUUAAAUUAUUUAUUUAAAAAGUUUUUGUGCCAAUUUUAAAGAUAUAAAUAGAAAUUGAAAUGUUUUAUUGAAAAAGAAAAAAAAUAUUUAAUGGCUAAAUAUUUGAUUGCUAGAGACGGAUACGAUGUUAUUUCUGAAUCAAUCAGAUUAUUUGCGCCUUUUGCAAAUCUAAAAUGUUUAAUAUGUUAUUCUGAUGUUUAAUUAAAACUAUCAAAAAAGUUAAAACAUCUAGUAUUGCAAUAAAAUAUCUAUUAUAUCAGAUAGAAAUUGUUUAUUGAUCUUAAAUAAUAAAAUAUUUAUUUAAAAAUCUAAUGUUUACUGAUAAUAUAAAUUUUGAGGACUUAAAAAGUAUAUAUAAUUAUAAAAUUAUUAGAAAUUUUAUGUAAUAAUUAAAAUCGAACAAUAUUCCUUUUCUUUAGACUAGAAUAAUCGAGUACAAAAUAGAAAGUGCCUUAAAUUCUGCAAUACUCUAACUUUACUUAAAAUAAAUUUACUAUAAUUUAGUUGUUUGUUUGCUCUAUUACUAUUUUUAAGAUGUAUGAAUUUGUUUUAUUAUUCUGUGUCAAAAUUAUUUCAGUCCCCUUAAUUUAGUAUUUUAGUUAAUUUUGCUUAUUAUUUUUAAAUAUUUUGGUAAUUAAAAUUGAAAAUUACUUUGUAUAUUUCAUUGAAAGCAUUGUAUUAUGAUUAAAUGAUAAAUAAAAUUCUAAGCAUAGAAUAAUAUAUUAUAAAGAACUAUUUGAUUAGUUUGUUACCAUAUUAUAUUAUUAAGUACCUGAUAUAAGCCAGAUUGUAAUUUUAUAUUAAAUGUAAAUUAUGUAGUACAUUAAAUAAUACCUACUUUUUUUAUGUGUUCUACAAAUAAUGAAAUAAUUUAAAGACAACAUUUCAUUUAAUGUUGAAUCUAUCAAAAUGACCUAUGUCAAGAAAGUUAUAUAUUAUCUGCUAUAAUUUUUUUUUUUGAACCUGUGCAAUUUUAACAAAAUCGACAUUAGACUUAUAAGCAAAUAGUUUAUAUAACAAAAAAAAAGGAGUGUAAAACAACCACUGUGUUCAUAAAGUUUUCUCAUUAUAUUAGUUGACAAAACAAUGAAUCAUAUAUUAUGUUCUUGUAAAUGUUAUCGUUGAUGUACAGAAAUUUUUUUUUUUGUAGAUUUUAAGAGUUAUAUAAUUUAAAUGUAAAACGAAAUCAUUUAAUAUUUCGUUUUAUUAUUUAUUAUUUUUUCUUAUGUAACAAUGUUAAGUUUUUAAGUAACUUAUAUUAGGUAGAUUUAAUUGUGCCAAGCUUUGUUAAGCACUUUUUAAGCAAACUGAGUCAUAUUUUGUAUAUACCUACCUACCUAUAUUGAACAUAUAUUUAUAGACAUGUAAUAAAAAAACACAUAAAUUGUCA